AGCCCGUAGUGGUGGAAGGGCUUUUCUCUGGUGUUUACCCUGUGCUGAGUGACUGCGUGGUGAUCCAGGUGCGGGGAGACCAAGCGCAGCCAGAGGACUACGUGUGAAGGACGCGAGACAGCACACACAUUCUCAGAUGGCGUUAGCCCAGGAGCCAGCACCGCAGAUCCAGGAGCAGAGGGAUGCUGCGGACCAAAAUUUUGAUUACAUGUUUAAACUGUUGAUCAUUGGUAACAGUAGCGUGGGCAAAACUGCCUUUCUUUUCCGAUACGCUGAUGACUCAUUUACCCCAGCUUUUGUCAGCACCGUGGGCAUCGAUUUCAAAGUCAAGACCAUCUAUCGAAAAGACAAGAAGGUCAAACUACAGAUCUGGGACACUGCGGGGCAGGAGCGUUACCGGACCAUAACCACCGCCUACUACAGAGGAGCCAUGGGCUUCCUGCUCAUGUAUGACAUCACCAGUCAGGACUCGUUCUAUGCUGUGCAGGACUGGGCCACCCAGAUUAAGACCUACUCGUGGGACAAUGCGCAGGUCGCACUGGUGGGCAACAAAUUGGACUUAGAAGAGGACAGACAGGUCCCCACAGAGGACGCACAGAGGCUGGCCACAGAACUAGGCUUUCUGUUCUUCGAAGCAAGUGCCAAAGACAACAUCCACGUGAAGCAAGUCUUUGACAGCCUUGUGGAUGUCAUCUGUGAGAAAAUUAAUGUUAACAUGAAUGGAGAUGCCGGUACCACAUCAGCGAACCUCAACCCAGAUCUGGGCUCUCAGACGGGCUGCUUAUGUUGACUGUUACCUGUGGAAAAUAUGGACAAAAGACUGUGCACAUCACAAAUAGCCAAAAUAAUAUAGUGAACGCUUCUCUACAUUAAACCUACCAUCUGCAAGUUUAUUUGAGUGUUUUUCACCAGUAGAUGCCAGAUGUGAAAUCUAUUCCCCUUUACUCUCUGCUCUCCUGGCCUUUGUUCUGGCUCACCUGUGGUCUCUGGUCUUCUUCUGACAGGCCGAAGCUGGCAUAAGUUCACUCAGACAGCAGUAACAUAGAUAGCCUCUAGUGGUGAUAGUGAGAAUAUAACAGGGGUGGGUCGGCCAAUUUAUUUACAGAUGGUACCUUUAAUGCUUCACCAUAUCUGAAUGUGACUGUUAAAAUGCAUCACCAAAGAAGGGACAUGUGCCUUAUGGUUUUGUUGUUUCCAAUGGUGGGAAGAAAUAUCUAAGUAUUAAAAAAAAAGGUAUGCUGCAGUAAUAAUAAUCAUUAAAAUCCAAUAAUAUAUUAAUAUUUGAAAAUAUAAACAUUUACGAUUAAUAAACAUUAGCUUUUGUUAAGUGUGCACUAUGUAACUUUUUGGUUGGAGGUCCGUCACCUGCUUGUUUCUAUGAAUAUGUCAUUGCUCUGCCUGGAAUGUUCCACAGUAUGACAUUAAACAAUUCUGCCUUAUAUUUAUUCAACUGCAGGUGGUUUUACAGCUCAAAAAUACCUACAAAAACAGGCAUUCAGACUGAGCGGUGUUACCCCUCCACAGAUCUCACCUGUAAUUUGGUCUGGUUUGGUCACCAUGGAGAUAAAGGUUUAAUGCCAUACUGUGAAACAUUCCAGACAAAAUAAUAACAUUUUAUCAUGGAGAAAAGCAUUUGGCAGACCGUCCACCUGAAAAAUUACACAAUACACAAUACAAGUUUAGUGAAUAAAAGAAUAAAAUGGUUUACAAUAAACUGAGAGAAAACUACAAAUAGAAGUACAAUUUUCUCAAGAAAGAACACAUUAUUAUUCUUACUUCGGUCCCUUUUACUUCAAAGCUGUCAGUGGAUCAUGAGCAUGGCUUCCAAACUUGCACAUGGCGUUUGUUGCGAUGUGGCACCCUCUUGUGUCUUUUGAUACAACUGCAUCACUGUGAAUCUAACGCUCUAUAAAAAUGUUGACUGUUAUAUUAUGUAUGAAUGUUGAUUGUUUAGCCUUAUAAGUUUGUGGAUGUGUACCUUUUUGAGUUGGAGCUGCCGGGUAGCCAAAUGUAGUUGCACUUUAUUUAAGGAAAUUUUAGCAGGUGUAAACUUGGGACAAAUAUUAACUGAAUUUACAAGACUAACUUAUUUCCUCCAUGGUAAACCUUUGGACGGCUUCAAAGACAUCUGACCAAAUGAAAUGUAUGUUUAAGACUGUGUCAAAAUUAUGUAAAGGUAUGAAUUUAUGAGUUUGGCUUUGUUUUGUCUUCUAUUACACUAUUAUAUAUUAUACACCAACUGGGUACCACUUUUUAAUAAAAACACCUCAGUAAGAAAGA